AUGACCGGCAAACGAAAGCGCAGCGACGCCUUCUCGGCGCACGACAAGCUGGUCCACAAGAGCUGUUCACUGCUGCAUCGUGAAGCGAAGAAGGUGCGCACGUUUAUGGUGCGCAAGGUCGUGCAGCAACUGAAGCAACUGGGCCAGCAGCUGGAAACUCCUGUGCCGGACGCGGCCAAGCAGCAGGCGCACGAGCAGAAGCUGCGGUCGAGCGUCCAGAAGCUUGAGCGUGAGCACGCAGCGCUCAAGACGUUAGAUUUGAACAAUUUGGUGGACAAAGCAAGGCUGCAGACGGGGCUAGAGAAGCCGCGAUCGACGCUGGAGGUGCUAAAUGAGCACGAGACGGGACUCGAAGGGGACGAGGAAAGUAGCGGCAGCGAAGCGGGAGGAAGCCGCGCGGAAGAGGACGGUAGCCAAAAGGGAGCAAAGGCUAUUGGGGUAAAGCCUGUAGGAGUUGAACGACGUGGUGCAGGGGAGAAGAAGCAGGAUACUGCUCUGGAGGAAAAGCUGAUCGACCAGGUGCUGGCUCACAAGCAGAUUGUGGUGGUGCUGGAUGCUAUCAGACAAUUGGUGAAAGAAGAAGAGAAGGAAAUGGAGCGGAAACGUCGUGCACAGGAUAAAAGGGCGCUGAAGCGAGGUCAUCAGGAGUCCUUGGUCGGUACUACAGGACGUAGUGGUGUCGCGCCCACGUCAUUAUUUCUCGGCUCCUUGUCGGGUCGAGGGGGAGUGGAUGACAAGUUGGGCACGGCAACGGAUGAUUAUGGGCCGAUAUAUGGUGCGGAUGACGACAUUGCCGAGUUUCUGGGCGAAAAGAAGAAGCGGAAGAAUCGGCCCGGACAGGUUGCACGUCGGAUGAAGGCUAUUCGGAAAGAGGAGGCACUCAAGCGCAAGGAGGACCGCGCACAGGGUGUGUUCGUGCCGUAUAGAGAUACUACAGGGUCCUCUCGCAACUAUGGUCUAUCGGAGCGACCGAAGAAGGCUAAACUGAAGGCCAAGCCAAGCAAAAGAGAUAAGCCACAUUCCGUUGAUGGUAAAUCACGUGUACUCUCGAAGGACGUUGCACCUCAAACUCGUCAUGUUGCUGCUGCACCGGUUAUGGUAGAUAUUGCGCAUCCAUCGUGGCUGGCAAAGCAGAAACAAAAGGAGAAGGAGAAGGUCAGCUUGACUGCCUUCAGUGGUAAGAAGAUCACAUUCGACUAG